UAAUACUAAUUCCUGUGUUUUUGACAUAAGGUACCUAGGGACAUUGAAGUCCUAUGUCCGAAAUAGAAAUAGGCCAGAAGGAUCUAUUGCUGAGGGUUAUUUGGCUGAGGAAUGUUUGACAUUCUGCUCUUUAUAUUUAGCAGAUUAUGUAGAGACAAGAUUUAAUCAAUCAUCAAGAAAUGAUAAUGCAAAUAUUGACUCAACAUUUGCAUUAGAUGUGUUUAACACAUCUGGCUAUGCACUUGGAAAGGCCAUUGCUACUAAGUUUGAUAUUGAGAUAUUAAAGAAUGCACAUCAAUAUGUGUUAUUCAAUUGUCAUCGCUUACAAUCUUAUAUAGAGUAUGUUUUAUAUAAUUCAUGCUGUUUAAAUAUAAAACUAUUUAGUCAUUAUUAUUUAUGAAAUUAAUAUUACUAAUUUGCAGUGAACAUCGUGGAAUUGUGCAACUUAGUCAUCCACGUCUUCCAUUACACCAAAUUGAACGUAUACAUAGUGAAACUUUUGCCUCAUGGUUUGCUAAUCAUAUUGAAGAUACAAAUCUUCCAGAAGAUGAUCCUAUUUCAAAUGAUUUGAGAUCACUUGCUAGAGGCCCAAAUAUCAUUGGGAUACAAUAUCAUAAAUUCGUUUCAAAUGGAUUUAGGUUUUAUACAAAAGAAGUGGAACGUAAGAGGAAAACUCAAAAUUGUGAUGUGACUGUUAGGGCAACUACUUCAAGUUAUUCAAGUAUAAAAGAUCACAAUCCAGUAUUAAGCAAACUUGAUUAUUAUGGGAUUUUGCAAAAUGUGAUUGAGUUGGAUUAUGGGGGAGGCCGAAAAGUUGCUUUAUUUGAAUGCAAGUGGGUCUCCAAAGGCAAACGACUAAAAUUGGAUGAAGAUGGUUUUAUGUUGGCCAAUUUUAAAGAUGUUAGGUGUCAUAAUGAGCCUUAUAUUUUAGCAUCUCAGGCUAUGCAAGUAUUUUAUGUGGAAGAUCCAAAUGAUUGUGAUUGGCAUGUCAUUAUCACGACUGAUGCACGAGCGAAGUAUAAUAUGCAGCCUAUGGCAGAUGUUGAUACAUAUCUUCAAAGUUAUAUUUGUAAUUCAGAAGAUUGCAAUGAACAUGAAGAAGUAGUCUGGGUUCGUGAUGAUAUUGCAGGAGUGGAAAUUGAUACUGAUUUAUGAAGAGAUUUUAUCUAGUCUAUGCAUUAUGUUUAGUCAAUUAUCAUUGUAAAAAUAGUAGAAUAGAUUCUUACUAUAUAUGUUUGGAGGAUAUAUGGUGAUAUGCAUUUUCUCUUCAUUUUUAACUAUUGAGUUUUUAUAAUUUAUAAUCUGUUACUAACUU